AUGAAACAAUCAAAAAAUGAAGAAGAACACACCGAGAAGAUUCAUAUCGGAAUGUUGGAAGAACAAUUUAAUAAAUGUAAUUUAAAGGUUUUUAAAGAAAGUCCCAUGGUUGAUGAUACUAUUGAAGGAUGGCUUGAUAUUGUAAGAAAACAAAAUAAGUGGUUGUAUAAUAUAGAGUCAGGUGAGAGUGAAUAUCAUACAGUUUCACAUCUUUUAGAACGAUUUUAUCCAAAGAAAUUUCAAAAGGAAUUUGAAGCAAUUUGUAAAUUUGUGGCAGAUGAAAAUAAUUUAAUAUGUAUAACUGAAUUGUUUGAACUUGAUAUUUGGCUCCAAAACUCUGCUCCAUAUUUCUUUAAAUGUAUAACAAUGAAAUAUAGUGAUUAUCGUAAAAUAGCCAAUUUAGUUGAAUUUAAGGACUGGGUAAGAGCUGCAGAUGAAUUGAGGGAAUAUGUCAAUUAUUUUCAAGAAAAUUCCAAUAACAUUAAUAAUAGAGAGGAUUUCUUCAAGUACAGAUUAAAUUGGUUAAUAUCAUUAACAGAUACAGGUAAUAACGUAUAUUUUGAUUAUUGUGUUGAACUUGGCGAUAAUAUCAAAAUUAAUACUGAUAUUUGUAUAGACAAUGGUGAUUCAAGGAUUUAUAUCGUGUUUGCAAAUUCCAAUAUGGAUGAUGCAUUUAAUUGUGAAGAAUUUCACAAAACAAUAAUGUUGACAAUACUAACACCAAUAUUAUUAAGACAACAAGUGCUUUCAUUUAUUUGCUGCAAAACGUUUGCAUAUUAUUUUAAUUUUUAUUCGGAUGGUUCUUUUAUAAUGGGUAAAAUAGAUUUGACAAAUGUGAAUGGAAUGUUUGAAAUAUUUAGUGAAAUAUCAUGUUCUUGUAAUCGUGGUCAGUGUAUGAUAUCAUUUAAUCUUGUCAAGAAACGAUUGGAACAAAAAGAGACUAACAACAUUAAAGGAAUUGAAAAAUCACACAAAACUAGUAAACUAAACAAUAUUAAUAAUCAAUCAAAAAGAAAAAUAUUAGGAGAUAUGUCUAAUUGCAUUAAAUAA